GCAUGCGCAAACAGGUGGUCGUCUUAACAACAGACUACAAAAAUUUAAUGAAGAUAAUUUUCAUAAAAAACACAGUUUUGCAACAUUUGUUAUUCUUCCAGAAUUUUCUGUCUGUUUGUUGACGAGUGAAAUCUAAUGACAAACCGCUUAGAGUAGUUAGUAUGGCUUCAAACGCAUCAUCUUCAGACUACGACUCUGACGCAACCUCCGAUCAAGACAGCGUCCGAGACGAUGACAGCGAUAACCAGUCAUCGACAUCAAAUUAUUCAAGUGGUGAUGACUAUGACAAUGACGAUAAUGAUGAUAAUGAUGACACUUUAAAGGGAACCAAUCAGGAUGAAAGCGCAUCUGAUGAAACUGACAACAGUGAACAGGAAAAGAAUGAUUUAAUGACGGACAUGGAAAAUAUUGUCUGGUGUGGCGCUGGAAAGAAGACGCCGGUGGUUCUAUUCCGAGCCGAGUGUCUCCUCACCAAGGUCAAGAAACUCUAUGCCACAGGAGAGAAGUUCCACCUGGCAUACAAGAUGGUAAAAACUGAAUGUAAAGUCAUUAGGCAAAUUUUACAUAAGCAUGGCUUCCAUGAGGUCCAUCCUAAUAGUUCAGACUUCAAUUUGAUGUGGAUCGGGUCGCAUGUGAAGCCAUACACGCUGAGAAGUUUAACAGAGUUUCAAAAGAUCAACCACUUUCCGAGAUCAUACGAAAUAACUCGUAAAGAUCGUUUAUAUAAGAACUUUCAGCGUAUGCAGCAUUCUAAGGGUACUAAGCACUUUGACUUCUUGCCCCAGACAUUCAUCACGCCAUCUGAAUUUGAUGACUUUACAGUUGCCCACAAUAAAGACAAAGGGACCUGGAUAGUGAAGCCAGUUGCAUCCUCCCGAGGGAGGGGUAUAUUUUUAUUGAAUCAUCCUCAGCAUCUACCUCUUGAUGAAAACCUUGUGGUAUCCAGAUAUCUAAAGAACCCUCUUCUUAUUGAUGGUUUCAAAUUUGAUCUUCGUCUGUAUGUAGCAAUAACGUCCUAUGAUCCUCUUCGUCUAUACUUGUAUGAAGAGGGUUUAGCCAGAUUUGCAACCGUCCAGUACGAACAUAAUAAUAAGACCAUCCGUAACACAAUGAUGCAUCUCACAAAUUAUAGCGUCAAUAAGAAGAGUAAUGAUUAUGUUAAGUGCAAUGAUCCUGAUAUUGAAGACUAUGGCAAUAAGUGGAGUCUGGGGGCGCUUUUCCGCUACCUAAAGAAACAAGGCCGAGAUGUGAGAGGCUUAUUAGCAAAGAUAGAAGAAGUGAUAGCGAAGUGUAUUAUAUGUGCUGAACUUCCAGUUGCAACAGCUUGUAAGAUGUUCAUGCCAUACAGGGGGAAUUGUUUUGAGCUGCAUGGAUUUGAUAUUCUGGUUGAUGAAAACCUCAAGCCAUGGAUCUUAGAGGUUAACUUAUCUCCUUCACUCGCAUGUGAUGCACCUUUGGAUCUGAAGAUCAAGUCAAACCUGAUGUCCGAUCUGUUCUCUCUGACAGGUUUUAUGGCCCAUGACCCUAUGACGAGGAAGAUCCAACAAAGUAAACGAAACCAGGAACUAGCAGCUAGCAGUGUGCUUAAACAACAGAAGAUGCGAGUUGGCGCUGAGCUGAGGAAACAGCGUCCCCAAUCAGCCGGAAACAUGAGUGCUAAAAAUUUAAAUCAGGGUAAAAGACUAAACGCAGGUGCCAAAGGUAAAGAACAAGCGCUUACUGCUGAGGAACGAAGAAUCGUACUUGAGAGUAAAGAAGAAUACACCAGACGUGGGGGAUGGAUGAGGGUAUUCCCUACGGCUACAUCAUAUGACAAAUAUGGAUUUCUACUUGAAUCUAGGACUACGAACAAUGAGUUGUUACAUCGUAAGCUGUAUGCAGAAAGUCUGCCUAGUGACACUGAUUCGCACAGAGCACGCUCAACACUGGGCCAUGGUGCCGGAGCUGCAACCAUGGCAAAGUCAAAAAAAACAUCUCAACAAUUGCUUCAAGAAAUGGCUCAACGUGAACUUGAUGAACACUUAGCCCAAAUCCUUCGCAAACUUAAACCUGGUGAUAACUCUGAGGAUCGAAGAAAAAUCCGACUGAAGAUCCGUAAGAAGUAUGCAUCCGGUACAUCAACUCCGCCCACAAGCCUGCAAGAAAAUAAACGAGAAGCUUCAUCAUCAGCUGCUUCCAAUAGCCCGUCCAAGGCAACUGCAACCACCCCAUUUACUAGGGAAACACUUAGCCAAGGCCGGCUACAGAUAUCCAACAAUAAGCCUUCUGAAGAACCAGGCACACAUAAGGGACAGUUAAAGCAAGGCAGAAGCAACAGCCAAAGCAGUGCUUCUAACAUCAGUCAGGGCAGUGUAUCUAGCAUCAGUCAGGCCUCUACACAGUCUCAGAGUACCAAGCAUAAUAACAUUACGUAUUCCAGCCAGGCCACAUCGCAGAGCUCUAAACAAGGCACCGACAGUAAUCAGGGUAGCAGUCAUUAUCAACGUCUUGCGGACCCAGGUGGUGGAAAACCUCCUGUUGUCCGGGUGCAGAAUCCAGAACCUACUCAAAAUGAGAACCAACCAAUGAGGAAAGAGCCUCAUCGACCAACCAAGAAAGACAUCAGAGAGUCUGUUAACAUACCGGAGCUGGUAAAGAUGGGAGGUGAUUUGAGUAAGUUACAGGCCAGACAAGCCUUUGCCACGUACCUGACUAGAGUGCAACAGAGGUUGCAGCGGGAAACAAGCAGGCCGCCAGAACGCUUUGACAGCUCAUCGCAAAAUGACGAUCAAAUGGACUUGGUGCUGCGGUUCUUAAAACGUGCGGCAGGAAAUCUAAAGGAGCCAUUUAAAGUCAUUGUUCCGAGCCGAAAGUUACAGAUUCACGAUCGAAGGAGGAUUCUUUCAAAACAGCUUGGAGAUUUCGUUCAAAUAUACAGCAAGGAGACAGAUCAGUUAUCUGCGCGUCUCAAGACUGAGCGUUUCCUACAAGCAAAUGGACAGAAGCAAAACGAAUCUGUACCCGAUGGCCGGUUUUCAACUUUCGUCACAGUUGCAUGUGAGAAUGAACUGGAAGAACUACUUACCACUUACACGAAGCAAAACAAAUCUGCCAGUAUCUUCCUCGGAACAAACAGCAAAGCUAACCCUGAUGUGACAUCACAUUCCAGUGGAUCUCAUGGCGGUGGCCAUCUUUUGCAACGCAGAGGAAGCACCAGCGACAUCUCCAAGAAGUCAAACUAUGACAAUGAUAUGAGUUCGGGUGAUGCUAGUAGCGGUACGAAACGUCCACAAACCACUCCAAGUAACCAGUCCCGUGCCUCGUCGUCCUACCAAAGUGCCGUUCCAUUGUACAGUACUAAAAUAACUCGGCAAAGACCGUAUUCAGCCAAGACCAAUCAUUUUGAUCAAGGGGAACACCAGAGCCAACUUAGGCCCAGCAGUGCUGUUCUGUAUCGUGAUGCAUCGGGUGGUCAGAUAGCUGCUCGACACUUCUCGGAAGGCAGUGAACAAGCAAUACAGGAGGCUCUGCAACGUUUGGCAAAACGCCAAGCAGCACGCCAGUAUUCAUCUGCCAAUACUCAAAGCUUGUUAACACAACAGUACUCCGGGGCAAGUAUCGGUCCAAUGGCAGCCGACCACAGUAUCAACCCAUCAGCAAUGUCCAAGACCGCGAGCAUUCCAGUGAAGGCAGGAAGCGGCCUAAGCCGCAGUUUCAAUCGGGGAUACCCAAGCGAUUCUAUGAAAAGUCAUAGUGUUACAACUAUGAAGGAGAACCCUAAACGAGCUCACAAUCUCAGAAAAAGUAGCUCAUAUGAGCAUAUCUCAUCCGCUGCAUCUUCAAAUGAUCAACCGUCUAACAAUGAGAACUUAAAUAGGACUUCUUCUACCGUGGCACUACAUAAAGAACAUAAACCCGCAGAUGCAAAAUAUAAUAACUUUGUUGCAGACGAAAGAACCAGUUGGCAGAAUGACAUUGCUGCAGCGUAUAACACAGUGACAGGAGUACGUGCACAAACAAACUACCAACCAUCCACCGGUAGCCAGCAGUUUCAAUAUGCGGUGCAGAGACACCAUGAGAGACGGCCACCGGGUGGCUUGACGCUGCAACAAAAACAACAGAUUUCACAUGAUAUGCUGCAACAGAGUAAAGCAAAGCAUCAAGAGAAGAUUGCCCAAGCUCACUCUAACGUUUCUGCCUUAAGAGAUGCUCUUCACCGCAGUUCAGUGGCUCAAGGUCACAAGCCGAAACCCCCUCCUCAAUCAGCUGGCAGCCGGAAACCCAUCAGCACCCAAAGAAUGGCAAGGACGAGUCAAUUAGAAGAUGGACAGGGUUCACAUUUUUACUCAACAAUGAAGUAUAGUAAUAUGACAGGUCUAACAAAAGCUGCUUACACCAGCUACCAUCCAGGUCUACAAGCAAGCGUCACAAGACAUUGAGACAGUACAGGUCGUUGAAAAGAAGGAUGACCUUUGACCUCAGUCACCUGCAAUUGACAAUCAUUGCCACAGCCUUACUCAACCAGACCGUCUUCCUCAACACUGUGUUGCUGUCAUUCGUACUAAAGCAUAAUGUAAAUAUAUGGAGAUAUGCAUUGCAAUGAAACAGAGGCUUAUUUUACGCUUUUUUAUGCUUUUUACCUGCCCGUCAUUUUUAUGUCUUACUUUUUAUGAAGUCUUUAUAUCAUACAUACAGAUUUAUUACUCCUGACAAUAUAAGUCUUAAUAUAUGCAUUUGCGUGCAUGUCAUAAUUCUUAUGUUUUUAAAGCACAUACAUGUAUAAUUUAUAAACAUGUUUUUAUAAGUAUGUUUGCUUAACUCUUUCAUGAUUUUUUCUAUAUGUUUUCUAACUGUACAGAUCCUAAGGUCUACCAUUGAAAGUCUUUCAUGCUUUAUCUGUAUAUAGGCCUAUUAUAUAAACUUGCAAAUACUGAACGUAAUAAGGUUGUAAGGAAGUAAUGGUUUUUUUUAUACACACGUUUGUGUAUAAAUUACCAUUUUAUUGGUAUUGCUUGUACUUAUGAUUGUGGUAUAGGAAUUGGUAUAUUUUGUUUUAAGCUUAGUCUAAACUGUUAAAUGUUCUUUGACAAAUUUGGGUACCUUUAAUUAUAUGGGCAUGAUGAUGUGAUUACACCCAAAUAUGGGCAUGUCACAUUUAUUUGUCGCAUAGAAUUUGUUGACAGAACUUUAGUAUUAUGAGCACUAAAGCCCUGUUCAGACUAUCAAAUUUUGUUUGAUAAAAACAUGUGACAUGCCUAAAUAUGGUCAUGCUGACAUCACAUCAUGACCAUAUAUAGGCACAUUACUAUAUAUGGGCACAUCAUGACCAUAUAUAGGCACAUCAUGACCAUAUAUAGGCACAUCAUGACUAUAUAUGGGCGUACACCAGUUUUUUGUCAAAGAAAACUUUAGUGUGGACAGAGCUUUAAGCUUUGGUUAUGUGUGAUUAAUCUUUUGAUUUCAGUUGAUUAUUCCUGUCAAGAUUAAAGAGAGGGAUAAGUAAUUAUUCUUGUAAAGAUAAAGGAAGGAGCCAGUGGUUUUAUGAUUGAAGUGUUUAUCAUUUACAUAUCUGCUGGUGAUUCUAAGGUGAAUCUCAUAUGUUGUGAUUGCCUUCUGCUCCCUUUUCUAUUUUCAACUAUAUAAUCAACACCACAACCACUUGAGAAUAUCAACAGGUGACUUGACCUACAUUUAUCAAUCCGCAUCCUGAAUACACCUGUAAAUGAAAUCACCUGGUGUCUACUUUAUACCCGUCAUUGCUCGUUAUUUAUUAUUGGACCUACCAUAAACCGAAACGGUUUCCUUAGUGACAGACCUCACCUACACCUGAACAGACAAUCCUCCAAAAAAUACUGUCAAUUCCUUCAGACUGCAACCGAAUAAUAUAUUUUUGAUGUUUUUUCAAUUGGAAAUUAAAUGUCGCUAAUUCUAUAGAUCAAAUCCUACAUUGAAAGCCUUAUAGCUUUUUAUGAAGGAUAUUUUUCAAGUUUUAUAGACAUUCAGUUUAGGGGAAAAGAUUGCUGACAUUCAUGAAUUUAUUCGAAAAUUUAAUCAUAAAUCAAUGCUUAAACAUGAAUGCUCAUGGGAAUUUUCAUCUUGCUUAACACAUUUUUUGUAUUGUUGGAAUAAUACAACAGUGUAAACAACAAUUUCAACAAUUUUGAUGUUUUUUUUUUAAAAAUGCAUUCCAUAACUAAAGUAAUUCAGUUUAAAAUUCUCAUUUGUUUUUUAAACUUUAUGAAUAUGCUAAUUAGCUAUUUGAAUAAUUAUGCAGCUCAAAAUUUUUAGUUGCUUUUUAUCUAUGCAAACUAUCUAUUUUGCUAUUCUUGUGUUUCUCAGUAAUCUAUUGUGUACAGAAUUUAGGUGUCAUGUAUUGUUUAUUAUUAUUGUAUUAUUAUUGUGUUAUUGUUUAAGAUCUAUUCAAUUUUACUUUGAGAAUUCUUGCAUUCCAGUUUAUUUUAUAUUAUUAUUCUUUUUAUUAAUUUUAUUUUUUCAUUAGUGUUUUAUAAAUAUUAUUUUAUUGUUAGCAUAUAAUUAUUAAUUAUAGUUUUUAUUAUUUUACAAGUAUCCUUUUUUUUCAACAAAUGUCCACAGAAAUUGAAUGAUUGGUAGCUAAAUAGUUAGGCCCAAUAAACAUUUCUUUAAAUCAAACAGCUAAGAAUAUGUAACUUUAACUCGUUAGGAAGCAUUGCUUUUAGUAGCUUCUGAAUCUUUCACUGCAUACUCACCAAUCGUUUUAUUUACUUAUCCAAAAAUACAUCCCUCUUCAGUUAAACUACUUAACCACGCACUCGUGUUUCCUCGGUGAUAAGGCUACGAGCCUGUUAUGUAAUACAAGGAAAGCCUUUUCAACACCAAGCACACCAAGCCUCGCUGCGUGUUUCAGUGUUUGUUGCAGAGUUUCUCUUACAGUUGCUUGCGAGCAAUCUUAAGGACAGAGAGGAAGUGUUUGACCUUCUGUACUUAGGCGAGGAAACUCAAAUAAGGUUCCCCACAGGACCACUAGCGAUGACUCAUCUACUUAAAGAGCUUAUAACUUGGUAUCUUACGCUGUAAAAUGUAACAAAUUCACAUUUUAAAUUAAUUUUUUAAAAAAUAAUUAGUGGAAACCAUGUUCUUUUUAAUCAUCCGAUCCUUUGUAUUUUUUUUUGUAGCUUUGUGCAAUACAAAUAUCUUUCAUUAUUAACUUCUGACUAAAUUUCUCAGUUUAACUUGUAUUAAAUUUAUUGUUAUUCAAAAUGUUGUUUGAUUUUUAUAAUUUGUUUGAUUUUUUAUGUUUAUAAUUUCAUCCCUUCAAAGUUUACUUGAGCUAUGUAAAUAGCCGUGCCUUAUGCAUUUGCGCCAGCAUAAACACAUAUUUGGAUAUACAAAGCCCAUCCCAUCGUUUGAUGUCUACAGGCAGCAAUGCAUCACACGAAAAAAACUUGUGUCCAAUAAAUCAUUGACUACUUGGCAUAUUUAGAAUAGAACUUUUUAUCGUUGUCCUAUUGCUAACAGUCUUUUAAAUACAGGCCUAUCAUUGAAGUAAUUGGUUUUAAAUUUAUAUUUUCUCUGUUGUACUGUUAGUGAAUGUUGUUAUUUUAAAUAUUAAUUAUUGUUUUGGAGAAAAACAGUUCAUUAAGCAUUCAUGCAUUUUAGAAUCAGAAGUAUAUUUGUUAUAAAUUUUAUUAUUUUUAAUGGUAAUGGCGAUAUGCUUACUAUUAUUAUUAUUAUUAUUAUUAUUAUUAUUAUUACUAUUUUGACUAUUAUUAUUAUUAUAUUUAGUAUUUUUGUUUACUGUGAUAGUAUAUUUUGUUUAUGAAUUAAUUACUUUUGUAGGUGUCUGUACAUUGUAAAUUCUAUUACAUUGUUUUUACCAUUAAUUAUAACCAAAACGUAUUGUUUUUAAAAGUUAUAUUUAUUAUAACUAAAAAGUCUUGUUAUUGUAUGAUUAUUAUUAUUAAUGAUAAUUAUACAAAUUAUGUUUACAUUUACAUAGGUUGUCUUUCAGUUCCACCAAGACAGAAGUGACUUACAAGUACUGUAACUCCCAAAGCAAUAAACCCUUGUAUGUUGUAUGUGUGCUUUAGAAGUUAUGGUCACCCUCAAUAAAAUUUAUACAAAAUAAAUUUUGCAAUUAUUUUAUUAUAUUUUAUUUUUAAUAUUGUACUAAUAAAAUGUAUAUAGUAAGUCUUUGGUUAUAUUGAUAUUGUAACGAAUUGUAUUUACAGUGUUAUUAGCCCAUGGUUCUAAGUGCUUUUUUUUUUAUCAUGAAAUGUGUUUUCUGGCCUUGAUUGAUUGAUUGAUAUCAAAAUAAGUUUUAUAAACAGUUUUCAGAAGUUAUAUAAUCAAGGAUGUUUAACAUUUAUAUAAUUACUAAGCAUUUACUGUAUAUGCAUUUCUAAUAUUCAAGUGAUGUAAACUGUUUGUACAUUGUUUUUUUUUUCUAUUCACUAUUAUAUUAUGUCUAUUAUUAUUACCUGUAUUACUAAUAUUUUUUAUAAUUAUUAUGGAACCCCCAUGACAUUUGGAUAGUGGACCUUAUUGAAUUUGAGUGUAAAGGGUUUCUUUACUUAAAAUGCCAUGGUUUAAUCUACGUUCAGGAUGUUGCCUCAGUUCAUUAAAGUACAUCUCUUCACAGUCGUUUAUCUGCUGCACCAAGAACAGAACAGAAACCUCGUCAGAUAUACAAAGUACUUUCUUUAUAAUAUAAUAUUGUACACUUUUGGACGAUGUGUGUAAAAAGUUGAACAAAAUAUUUAAAAAGUUUUGUCUGUAAAAAUAUUUAACAUUUGUGAUUUUACUGUUCAGUACAUGGUAUAAACGAAAUAAAUGCAGCAGAAUUUCA